CCAUAGAUCUGCGGCUACGAUUUAACCGCCUCAAAAGAAAGUUUAAUUGGUAAAAGAAAAAAAGAAAACCCCUAUAAGUACACACCUAUACUCUCCUUUCAUCUCCAUCAAUUGAAAAACUAAACUCAAAAGACUUCGAUCGUCUUCAAGAGAGAACCGAACAGCUUCCGUUACAAAGUAACCAAGUUUAUUACAUGGUUGAGUUAGACAUCCAAGUUCCAUCAGCAUUCGACCCAUUCGCAGAAGCUCAAGAAUCAGAUGCACCAGGGACCAAAGAGUACAUCCACGUCAGGAUCCAGCAGAGGAAUGGGAAAAAGAGCUUGACGACUGUUCAAGGUCUGAAGAAAGCGUACAGCUACGAGAAGAUUCUCAAGGAUCUGAAGAAAGACUUCUGCUGCAACGGGAACGUGGUGCAGGACAAGGAGCUUGGGAAGAUCAUUCAGCUUCAGGGUGAUCAGAGGAAGAAAGUCUCUCAUUUUUUGGUUCAGACUGGGAUUGCUAAGAAGGAACAGAUCAAGAUCCACGGUUUCUAAGUGGAUCGUUUGAUAAUUCUCUAUGUUACUAUAUAUAUGCGAAUAAUUGUACGCGGUGUGUGUGAUCAUUUGGAAGUUGGUUUUUCGUUUUGGUUGAAGGUGUGUGAUAUUUGACUUGUGAAAUGAUGAUAAAACUUUCGAUUGUUGUAUUUACCAUAUCUUUGUUGAA